AUGCACAAGUUUUCCCGGGUCGCAAGGAAGAGAUCCGGACAGGCACAACAUUUGUGUCAAGGAAAGAUUCUUCUUGAUUCAGCAUUUGUGUUUGCCGUUGGCUUUUAUAUCGCUGGUGAAUGCAUUUAUCCGGAUUACUUGCAGAGCGGAGUGGUCAAAGGCGAAUUACAACCAUGGAAAACAAGAACUUGGUGGAUUAAUGUUCGAGACAAACCGAGAUGGAAGGAGCGUGAAGAAAUCUACGUAGACGGGUCUAACAUGUGGUAUCAACGUGAAACAGACUACAUCCCAUGCGAGAAAAAAACUCGCCGCGUUUCACAAGAAGCGCCCUCGUUCGGAAAGUGUGUGACUCGGACUUUACUAUACAAUCGGACUUGUUUGAUACAAGAAGGUUACAAUAAGUACAGAAUCGUCCAAUAUACACCUGGGAGGUCUCCAGUGUAUAUUUGCAUGAUGUACAUCAAGAGAAGCAAUACUGUCAUUCAGACAAUUCAAGGUCCCAUGAGAGACAAAAAUGUACCUGAUUUGUGUAAUCAAAACCGCAUGAUUCUCGACAAAUGGCCAUGGAUAGCAACAUGGAAGCCGCAGGCAACAGAUUGUCCAAUAAGCGGAGGGUUUACAUUUAGAACCAUAAGUAGAUUAACCAAUCAGGAUAUUUGUGAAACCGACUGGCGCAGAUCCAAAUUAGAGAUUGAAUGUGUAAAAGGGGACGGUCUUGACUUUAUAGCCCCUAAAGGGAGCAGGUGUAAUCCAUUUUUAUCACACGGGGAACACAAACGUUUAUACUGCUGGGCAGGGUGGGAAUUCGGACAGUACAUAUACAUGGUGGCAUCUGGUGAAGAAGAGGAUCCGCAGUUCUGUAUUAGAAUACCAAAGAAAAACGACGGAGAGUUCGUGGCACUUGUGUAUUUUAGUGUCAUUUGCCCUGUAGAAGACGAUGGUCAACCCCCGACUGGAUUUGACUACUAUGAACUCCACUUACAGAGGACAGACCCAAAUGAAUGCAAGGACGAGAACAGAGAGAUGUGCGCAAAAUUCCGCGAACGGGGAGUUUGUGACAAACCCAACAAUAAAUUCGUACAACACUGCAAAAAGAGUUGUAAUAUAUGCGAAAACAGAGCCGAGUUGUUACAUAAACAGUGUCAGUUUGACGAUAUUUUACACGGACAGUGGGUGUUAUACGACCGUGGACGACACGAACAGAUCUAUAUCAAUAAUUCCGUGAUGUCAUUCUCCCACUUUGGUACAUUUCACUGCAAGGAAAGAACACAAGAGGAGCGAAAAUAUAAGCUCAUCUCAGUUUUUGACAACGGAUGUACCAAGAGGUAUUCCUGUAUAGAACUAAACAGAAGAAAUAACAAUAUCCUGCAAUAUAGAAUUGGUCACAGUCUAAGACAAGAUGAAGAAUUUGGGGAGAUAUGCCAGUUUCAUGACGACCCCUACCCUCUUAUAGACACAUAUAGGAGUUCCGGCAUGAAAAACCUUAUACUAAAUGGCCGCCUGUGGGACCAGUUCUGUGGACUAAGGAGUACCAUACCUUUUAACGGAACGUUUAACGAUGAAGAGUGCUAUGGUUAUAUAUCUGAUUGGGACGAUCAGGGAUGUGUUCCGAGAGGCACGCUUAAAGUUAGCGCAGAUAAUUGUCUGCCUUUAUUAGCCUCAAAAAGAAAACAGUACCAGUGCCUUCUGUUUCUAAAGGACCAAGUUGGACUUUUCGACCACCUGCUCAUCACACGGUCAAUGGAUGGGCGAAAUGAGUUUAACUGUUGGGUAAUAUCCCAGUACGCAGGACCGGGAUUCACAUUGCCCUAUCGAGUUGUGUACCAGAUGCCGACUCCACAAUGUUCGUCCUUUUCCAAUGUCUAUGUGCACGUGGACAGACGUCCAAAAGCUACUCUACAGCUCAUGGAUGACCGUAUGGCACGAAGAUGUAUACCAACAGAAAGGGAAGCACAAACACACCGUGAGCGAGAGAGCCAGAAUGUGACGGAUGUGGAGGUCACAACCAUGAAUGACGAGAAUCGUGAAGUAUACAGCAUACAACAAGAAGACAAUAUUGACGAGACUAUCAUUUCUGUCGCCGGGCUAGAAAAUAAAAAUCAAGGCCAAUUCAGUGGGGCGAUACCCAUUCAAAUGACUUAUUAUUCUGUAAUGCUUAUUGAAGCUGUGACGUGCGCAACAAUGUUCAUAAUUACCUUAUGACACGAUAUAAUGUAAAAUAUAGUUGUAUACUAAAUGUUUCUAUAUUAUAUAUAUAUUACAUUUAAAUCCAUCAGAUGCGUGAACAUAUGUUUCUUUAGUGUAAUUGUAUUUAUUUUCGGAAGUUCCUACAAAUUCUUUAGAGAUACGGUGUCCUAAACAAUUAUUAAAAUAAUAAAAUCAUGUAAAUUAAACGAAAAGAAACGCCUAAAUAUAUUGGAGAUUAAAUAUAUUAUAUUCAUUGAUUUGUUUAUCCAUGCAAAGCUGUUACAACGAUUGCUAGAUCUGAAAAUAGAAAUCUAUUAACCAAAUAUAAAAACGUGACUAUCGAUAAUAGAUAAUUAAGAGUAAAAAGAAUCUAGUGAAAGAUUUGCCUGUGCAACUUCAAUUAUGACGGUAUUAGCAAUGUACUGUUUACUCAAAACAUACUUCUAUUCAGGAAAUAAAUAAUUAUGAGAAAGGGUUUCAACUGACAUUUUAUAUCAAAUAUAUAAAAGCUAUUCUCCGCUUGCUCUUAUGACGCCUAUAUUCCAUGGACGUUGGGAACUAAUUUGGUAUAUUAAAACAUCAAAUUAAAUCAAGAAUGAAAAAUAUUAGAGUUGAAAUACAGCUGGUACUGUUAAUUGUAUUACGCAACGUAUCAACGACUCAAAACAAAAUAAAACAACAAUGUGGAUCCUAAUUAUUUUGUUA